UCAUGGGAAGAUCUCAGGAUUUAUUGGAUGCAGCAAGAACUGGCAAUAUUAGUGUUGUUGCCAAAAUUCUGGAGCAUUAUGCCAAAAAAGGAGGUCCACUUUCUAGUUUUCGACGCAGUCCCAGUAUAAAUGCACAGGAUAUGAAUGGUUACACCCCGCUACAUCAUGCCUGCCUAAAUGGUCACGAAGAAAUUGUACGCCUCCUAUUGGCUAGCGAUGCUGCCACCGAUAUACCAGAUAUACGUGGUUCAACGCCACUUUAUUUGGCAUCAUGGGCAAAUAAACCAGAUAUUGUAAAAAUGCUAUUAAUGCAUCCCCGCCGACCGGCAAAUCCCAAUGCACAAAAUUCACAAAAUGAAACACCACUGCAUUGUGCUGCCGAGCAUGGUCACAAUGCUGUUGUUGCAAUACUCUUAGCCUAUGGUGCUGAUCCAACAAUACGUAAUAAUAGUUUUCAAACUGCAUUAGAUUUGGCAUCACAAUUCGGACGAUUACAAGUGGUACAAUUACUGAUACGAACACAUCCUGAAUUAAUUGAACCAUUUCGUGUGUACGACGAAAUGGUGGCUUUGGAGAAUGGUCAUUCACCACCGUAUACGAUAACACCAACCAAACAUAUUUAUACACAUUCAUGUUUACAUUUGGCGGCACGUAAUGGUCAUAAAAAAGUUGUCGAAACACUACUGGCAGCCGGUGUUGAUGUAAAUAUUUUGACAAAUUCCGGUUCGGCACUGCACGAAGCGGCAUUGUGUGGUAAAAAAUCGGUGGUUUGUACAUUAUUACGAGCCGGUAUCGAUCCAUAUGCUGUUGAUGGUAAUGGCCGAACGGCAUUGGAUAUUCUAGUUGAUUACCCACCGCAUGUCACUUAUGAAAUUGUUUCGAUAAUUAAGGAUUUUUGCCAAGACAGCAGUAACAUGGAAAAUAAAACCCAUUUCAUGCCAAUUAAAGAUGUAAAUGACAAUACAACAUUAUCGAAUUAUGAGGAUGAUGCAAGAUGUGAAGAAAACAAAAUAAUGGAGCAACGGAAUUUCCAUCAUCAUCCGAAUUCUGUAGAACCUCCACAUUCAAUGGCAAAGAAUUCUAUGGAACGUCAAAUAUCCAUCGAUCGUUAUACACCAAUGGAACCAAUACUAAAUCCAAAAACAACAAUACCAAAGAGUAAUCGUUCAACUCCAGAAACUAUACUAGAAUAUAAACCGGUCUAUGCCACAAAUCUUCUAAAUCGUCGUUUGGGUACACUCAACACCGAAAAAAUAUUUCCCAAAUUAGAAACGUAUAGAAAAAAGGAGGAAGAAAAGAUGCCGGCCGUCAAUUCCACACAAUAUUAUUGUGUAGAUGAAUAUGUUGAAAUGAAAUUGCCCGGUGGAAGUGCCGGUAAUACACCCCGAACGCCAGUUGGUAUAGAUCACCAACCACAAAUACCGUUACCAAGUCCUAGAAAAAAUCUUGAAUAUUGCGAUUAUGCAAAUAUUAGUGUUAUUAUGGAUAAUGCUCAAAAUAAUAAUCGACGGCGCCAAGACAAUGAGCAAGAUGAUGAAGCUGAUUGUAAUAACAAUGAUAUUCAACCAAAGACAACGUCUACAACAAGCAACAAUAAGUUCGAUACGAACAACAACAACGAUUCUCGAAGACAAAGUCAGGACAGAUCUGUACACUCGCCAACCCCCGAUUGUCCUCCACCAUCGGCUUUUCAAGCAGAAACCACAAUAUUCGAAUUUGUGAAACCACCACCGGAUAAAAGUUGGAAACGUAAAUCAUUACAAUUGCAAAAUCGCAAUUCCCAAUUCUACAAUAAUCUAAAAUCCUUUAUAUGGGAAGAACAAAUGGAGCCACCAGAAGAAGAACAAUUUGAUUCGAUAAGCAGUUCAAGGGUAUCUGAAUGUGUUGAAGAGUUUGUGGGUGAUGUACCUUUUGCCGGUUUGUUUAAAGGUUCUUCAUUGAAUUUGGCCUGCCCCGAUCCGAGUCAAGAAACAAAUCAAAAAAGUCAAGCUAUUGAAGAGUUGCCAAGUGGUUUGAGAUCUCCCAGUUUGGUUAAGUCUGUUAAACCAAUGCCCACAAAAUGGUCUUCGGUAAAUCUUCAAACACCCACCGGCAAUGAAGAAAAAACCAUAGAAAAUCUCAUUACAACGAAGGAAAUAAAAGAUCCCAUCACCACGAAUGAAAAUGAAUUUGAUUUUGAUGCCUCAAAAGUAUGGGAUGAGAUAAAUACAAUUUUUGAAAGUAUUGGAAAUGAAGUUUCCGCAGCCAAUAAUGAAACCAACAAUACAACAUUAGAGGCUAUAAAUGAUGAAUGUAAUUAUUUAUCGAAUACAUUGCGUAAAAAGACUUUAAACAUAAGAAAACCAGCUGAUUUGCUAUUAAUAUCACCCGAAGAACAAGAUAUCAAUCCGAAUUGGUGUCAUUCGGCCAACACAUUGAUAUAUGGUUAUGUUCUAUAUGAUGUUUAUUAUUUGGGUUCUACUGUCAUCCGAGAGUUACAUGGUACGGUCUCGACUAGAAAAUCCAUACAGAAGUUAAAACGUGAAGAGACACCUGCUCCCAUGGAGUACAAAGCCCAAGAUGGCAGUAUAAUAGAGGAUAUUAACUGUUCAACGCGAAUUCUAAAAGAAACAAACGAACAGACACGUUUGAAAGUUGGCAUAGCCCUGUCACAUGCCGGUGUUCGAUUUAUUGAUACGGAAAAUAAGAGUACCAUAAGUGUCCACGAUAUCGAAAAUAUCAAUUGUGUUAGCCAGGAUACAGAUGAUUUAAGAUAUUUUGCCUAUAUAACAAGAGAAAAGGAUACACACUAUUGUCAUGUCUUUAUGGUUGAUAGUUUGGAUUUGGCCACCGAAAUCAUACUAACACUGGGACAAGCCUUUGAGGUGGCCUAUCAAUUAUCGCUUAUCAAUCAAGAAGAAUCAUGUGCCAAUAAUUUAUCCGAUGAAUUAACAACUGUUGAGGAGGAAACUAAACGUAUUAGUUAUUGCGAUAUUGUGGAUAAUAUUUAA